CUUAAAAGCCCGAUACUUUUUUUUCCCAUUCUUAUCUGCAUUGCAACAAUAAACCUUUUCUAUUUUCUUUAUUAUAACCUCUUUUUAACUACAAUUAAGAUCCAUGGUUGCAAACGAAACAGAUUCUAUAUUAACGGCCCCAGGUCAUACACGCUAUCAGUCUAUUGGACCUUCUGAACCCGAAGAAGAGACUGUAAAAGGCAAACAUAAAAUUGCUGUGGCUAUAUUAAUAACGCUUGCUUCUUUAUUGUUUGGAGGGGUUCUUGUUCAUGGUUUAACAAGCGGUAAUGAACAAGCGCCCAUAUACAAUAACGGUACUCAUUCGUUUGCACCUACUGUCAUCUUCAUUUCUUUGGAUGGCGUUGUAAGUCAUGAUCUUGAUCUCCACUUUACGCCUGUAUUGAGUGAAAUAGCUGAACAGGGCGUCAAAGCUGAUUACAUGACACCAUCAUUUCCUCCAAUUACUUUUCCAAGUCAUUGGUCUCUAGUGACUGGAUUGUAUCCCGAAGCUCAUGGAAUUGUUGGAAAUUAUUUUUACGAUAAAAAUUUAAACGACAGUUUUUAUUACAAAAGCCCUGACCAAAGUUGGGAUUCUAAAUGGUGGGGCGGAGAGCCUAUAUGGAUUACAGCCGUGCGACAAAAGAAGAAGUCCGGUGUAAUUAUGUGGCCAGGUUGCAGUACAGAAUUUAGUGGACUUCGUCCCACUUACUCAGUUGCAUUUAAUGACCAUAUCAAGUUUGACGAUAAGGUGGACCAAGUCUUUGACUGGAUUGAUUUACCCUUGGAGGAUCGACCCCAAUUUGUAGGUGUAUAUGUUCAGCAAGUAGAUCAAGCAGGUCAUGCUUACGGUCCAUAUGGAAAUGAGACCUUCAAACAGUUACACCUUGCUGACAAAAGUAUUGGUAGAUUGUUAGAUGGAUUAAAGGAAAGAAAUUUAACGGACAUUGUAAAUGUGAUGGUUGUAAGCGAUCAUGGUAUGUCUGAAACUGACAAAUCGCGGUUAAUCUAUUACGACGAUGUUCUUACAGAAAAGGAACUUAGUUUAAUAUGGUCAAUUGAAGCAUCACCAACUCUAGGUAUCAGAAUUCAUCCCAGUGAAAAUGAGGAGGAAGCGGUUGAAAUAUUAUAUGAAGCAUUCAGAAGAUUGCACAAUUCCUUGGAUACACCUCAUUUUGAGGUAUAUAAACGAGAGGAUUUCCCUAGUAGAUUUCAAUUUCGGGAUAACAUCAGAAUUCCCCCAUUAAUGGUUUUACCAGAUGCAGGAUGGAAUUUUGUAACACAUAAAGAGUUUGAUCCAAACCUUGGUGGUGAAUAUGAGCCCCGUGGCGUUCAUGGCUAUGACAACAUGUCCCCUGAAUCAAGAGCCAUUUUUGUUGCCCAAGGACCAGACUUCCCAAAGAAAAAGACAAUUGUUCCUUUCUGGAACAUUGAGCUUUAUAGUGUCAUGUCACGCAUUUUACAUUUGAAACCAUCCAAUAAUAAUAAUACCUUAAAUGGAUUACUGGAGGUGGAAUAAUUAUCACAGGCUUUAAUAACAAGAACGACAUUUGAGACCAUCAAACAAUAAAACUAUGCUUAAUUAAUUUGUCGUGUACGUGUGUUCGUGUGUAAUUAUUUGUAAAUGAAUAUAAAUGUAUAAAUGUAUGUGAGUAAUAGACAUAUUGCAUAAUAUUCCUUUUAAUUUGACCAAAACUAGAAAAAAAGUAUGAUUUUUCAAACAAAUAA